UGUGUGUGUUUGGCCAUGCUGGAAGGAAAGAAGGCCAGCGGUUCCCAGCAGCAGAGCUCAGCGGAUGUCGGUCACCAAAAGGCGUCAAAGAUCAACAACCAUAACUCGACCACUGGCAAAACUACCAACCAGAACUUGCACAGCAGCAACACCAUCGACCCUGCACGCCGCAUUGCGUUGCAAUUGGAGCGUUGUGCCCCCUCUCCUGCUACAGGGCCCCUCAGGAGCCCCCUAAUUGGAGGGCUCCCUGGGAGCUCGCUUCUGAUUGGCCAACAGGCUGCCUCCUUGCGGCUGGCUCAGCUCAAAGCCCAGCUUGCUCUCACACAGAUAAACAACGCUUUCUCUGUUGGUGGCCGAGCCGCUACCUUGAUAACCAACUCCAACACAUCUACUCCCUACAUACCCUCGACACCCCCCUGCCCUACUGCUGCGGCCAUCAAUCUCCUCAACCUUCUGAAGAUUGCAAACACCAUGUCCCAUCCCCUGUAUAAUCCCUAUUCUUCUGGGAACCAAAGAUCCACCCAGGGGCAAUAUGGACUCCCCAGUGUACAGGCAGAGAUAGACCCUCGAAGGGCAUCUCAUGUGGGACCUGGCCUCAGCUCUUCUGGACUUUCUUCUGGGACUCCUGCAAACUCUGGGGGGAUGCUCCCAUCACUGGUACCUCACUCAAUGAACUACAGGCCUGAACGUGGUAGGCCUGCAAUUGAUGAGGAUAUAGAGAGGUCCAUAGACAUGCAUAUUAGCAGAGCCAGAGAAAAUGUGAGGCUUCUUGGCACACCGAUGCAUCAGCCACCAGGUCAGGGCAAUUACUUAACCAGUACUCAAAGGGAUGAGUUGCUCUCCUCAAGCACAGGGAUGACCUCCUACCCCACAUCUUCAACCUCUGCCUCUCUCGGACAUUUGGCUAGACACCCGAAAGUUGAAAGUGGCAGUGGUUCUUUGGACUGGUUAUCGGACUACAAGAGGCCCACUGCUGAUGACCCCUCUAAAUUUUAUUCAUCACCUGCUUCGUCUAGCUAUGCAGAUGGUGGGGACUGUAGGUUUAGUUCCUCCAGUGGAAGAGAACAUGAUACGUCGUCCAUUCCAGGUUUAGGAGAUUAUGACUAUCCAGUGCCAGACAAACCUGCAGCCCCUACAGAGUCCAGUCGUCCUAAAUACACCUCAGAAUCAGCUGCCAACAUCCUUCUGCACUUUGGACUUGAAAAAGAGGACUUGGAACAUCUCAUCGCCUACCCUGAAGACCAGAUCACUCCUGCUAACCUGCCAUUUAUUUUGCGCCAAAUCCGCAUUCAGAAGGCCAAAAGGGCUACAAGUGCAGUUCAGUCAAAACCAUACCCUGAACCUCAACCCACCAGAAGCAUGAGUGGAAUGGACAGUUUUAGUAGUUCUGGAGGGACAGGAAUGCGCCAGGAGGACACGUCAUCUUCUAUUCUACAGCCAAGUAAAGUGAUUGACUAUGGACAUAUAGGCAAAUAUGCUGGAGGGGUUGGGGAUGAGAUUGGAAGAACCAGUGGCAGUAGACCUAACAGUGGUGGGAUGAAGGAUAAUUGUGAUAGUCACAGUCACAGCCGGGACCCACUACAAAAAAAUACAGCAAUAGGAAGAAGCAGUACCUUGGGUUCUUCCCAUGACCAGGCGAGUUCUUCUACCAGUCUCAGCUCUUCAUACAGUUCAGUAUUGAGCUCCGUGGUCCCCUCAAGCAAUGACCCAACCAAACGACUGCAGACCAAACAAAACCAGACUCCCCAAGAACUCCUCAGCUCAUUCUCUCUGCCAAAGAAAGACACAGACAUCAGAAUGCUCAAAUGUGAAGCUUCCAAACCUAAUUCUCUGAAAGAAACGGAAGUCAACCGCCACCCUAACCCAAAAGCUCAAACAUCCUACACUCUAUUCCGUGGUGUGCAUCCCAGCCGACCUGGUCUUGUAGUCAUUGGCAAUAAUGACAGCAGCGGCACUAAGGAUCAGAGUAAAACUCAAGGACAAGGUUCAACGGUUUCUGAACCAAUAACAAAGCAGCAGCAGAUACAGAAGCAGCCAAUGCAGCAGCAACAGCAGGCACAGACUCAACAGCAGCAGCAGACACAGAAGCAGAAGGCGCAGCACCAACAACAGGCGCAGAAGCAGCAGGCGCAGCACCAACAGCAGGCGCAGAAGCAGCAGGUGCAGCACCAGCAGCAGGCGCAGAAACAGCAGCAACAGCCAGCACAGAAGCCAGCAAUAUCACAUUCACAGAUGGGGCAGACAAUCUGGCCCCCAGUUUUCUCUGCAGCGAAACCAGUUCCACCAAUCCCCCUUGCUUCUCACAUCCCCAGCAUCACUGAUGUGAGGAGCCAUCCAAUGUUCAUCCCUGGUGAUCACCAUCGAACCAUUAUGAUUCCUCCAGGACCACCUCAGCCAAUCCCGAUGAACUUUCUUCAUACAACGCUGCCACCCUCCAACACACAGCUCCCAGCAAAGGUUGCAGUCUGCAAGGGUUUACCGACGCCAGCCAUGAUGUAUGACUACGCAGCAGCCACGCCCAGAAUCUUUCCACAUACCUGUGUUCUGUGUAACAAAGAUUGUACUCAUAUGAAGGAUUGGAUCUCUCACCAGAACACCAGCCUUCACCUUGAGAGCUGCAAACUCCUCCGCAGACAAUAUCCACAGUGGGAUGGUGAGGUAGCAUUCGGGCCAAGUGUUGUAGGCAAAGAUAUCAAGCCCUCCCCCUCAACUUCUGCACAGGCUACCCAUCAUCGUCACCAGAAAAGCAGGCAUGGCAGCCACUCCCAUUCCCGCUCGCCCAGUCCACGACGUCACCACGGCUCAGAGGGUAGAAGGGAGAAACGCAGGAGCCGAUCACAAUCACCACACAGCUCUAGAUACACUCACAGGUCUCGUUCUCGCCAUCGUUCUCGCUCGAGCUCCCCUAUCUCUUCAUCCCACCGUCAUCGCUCACGUUCACGAAGCUACGAGAAACGAUCAUCACCACGAAGGGGCUACGAAAGACGAUCGCCACGGAGGAGUGACGAGAGACGAUUGUCACCAAGGAGAAGCCGUGAGAGACGAUCGUCGCCUACAAGAAGUCACAACAGGCGACCAUCACCAAGGAGCCAAGAGAGACGAUUGUCACCACGGAGGAGUGACGACAGGCGUUUGUCACCAAGGAGGAGCCAAGAGAGACGAUCACCACCACUGAGGAGUGACGACAGACGAUCGUCACCAAGUAGGAGCCAGGAGAGAUGGUUGUCAACUCGGAGGAGUCAGGAAGAGCGAUCGUCCCCAACAAGGACACAUGAGAAAAGACCAUCUCUCAUCACCCCUGACAGGUCAUCUACCCAACAAAAGAAGUCGAGCAGUGCAGAGAGACUGGCUAAGAAACUGCUGGAAACAUCAGCUGUCCAGUCCCUGUCAAACCAGUCUGAUCUGGAGGCUGUGGUUAAAACUCUGGCUCCUGCCUUACUAGCUGAGCUGGCAAAGAUUAAGUCCUCCACCUCCUCUUCCAAAGGAGGAAAACGCUCCUUACCUCCACACUCUACAAGUGGAAAGAAAUUGUCCUCUGCUGCUGCUGCUUCUUCAUCCUCCCCUUCUAUAGCAAAGAAGAAGGAGCCGACUAAAGCGAAGCCCAGUCUGCAGAAGAGCGAGACAAGUCCCUCUGCAAAGACUAAGGCUGGUAAAUCCUCUCCUCCGACUAUGGUGAAGCUAGAUGGGGUUCAUAGUACUAUCUCUCAUGAUGAUGUAGUCGCUAAUGUGGAGCGCUUUGGAAAAACGAAAUCAGUUGUACUGUUUCGUAAAAUGCAGCAGGCAAUUGUGUGUUUCGAGAAAGAGGAAGAUGCAAAGAAAUUGAAGAGCAAAAAAGACCUCACCAUGAAAGGAUUUCCAAUCACUGUUGUCAAAGAGAGGGUGACUGUUUCUAAGGAGCAAAAGAAGCCCCCUCAGAGAAAACCUGCCACAUCCAGUGUCUCCAUACCUCAAACCACCAAAUCCACCACCAGCACCACCAGAAAAACUCUCCUCGCUACACCUAAUAUGCCUCCGCUUACAGUGCCUAAUAAGAAAAGUGUUACCAAGGGUCAGGCAACUGUCACUAAGGCAAAAGUCUUGGUUUCCAGAGCGAAAAAUGUUUCAACAAAGCAGAUUGCCAAAACGGUAAAAACGGGCAAGGUGGCUGCAAAGGGAGCUGUGGCAAAAGUUUUGAUAGAGCAAAAGCCCACGGCUCCAGAAAAUCCACCUGAUGGUGGUGUCUCUAAGCAGAACCUUGCACCUGAAAAAUCUGAAACCAAUGUUGAAGAAACAGUGGUUGUUCUGAAAGAGACAGACGAGGUUGAUAAGUCAACAAACACAUCUGUUGCUGAAUCAAGUAAAGGCACAGAGAUCGUCAUUGAAGAAAAGGCCUCUGCUUCCAAAGCGGAAACAGCCUCAGCUAUGCAGAAACCCACGACUCCAGCAGGCACAUUGGAUGCAGCAGGAGCCAUGACACAAGAAAAGGUAGAAGGAAAGCCUACAAAGACUGAAAGUAUGCCACCCAAAUCUACAACUUCAGAAAAUCACCAUGAUGUACAGACUUCGAAGCUGGAAGAUUCUGAUACCAAGAUUCAGGAAUCUGUAAUGGUGCAGAAUCAUGCAGCAGAGGUUGUUGAAACAGCAAAUGUGACAGUUUCUGAACCUAAACACCAAGCAGAACUUGCCAAAGCUGAUGUUGAAGCAAAAGAGGUUGAAGACACUGAACCUGUGGAGCCUGGUGUUAAAGACGCUGAACCUAUGGAGCCUGGUGUUAAAGACGCUGAACCUAUGGAGCAUGAUGGUAAAGACGCUGAACCUAUGGAGCAUGGUGUUAAAGACGCUGAACCUAUGGAGCAUGGUGUUAAAGACGCUGAACCUAUGGAGCAUGGUAUUAAAGACGCUGAACCUAUGGAGCAUGGUAUUAAAAACGCUGAACCUAUGGAGCAUGGUGUUAAAGACGCUGAACCUAUGAAGCAUGGGGAAACAGGAGUGGAAGUGGCAGAGCCCAUGGAAGUUGAGAGAUGUACUGAGGGCAACAGGGAAAAACCAACAACUACAGAGGCUGUACCUGAAAUUUCAGCAGCCAAACCCAAUGAGAGUCAACCACUAACCAGUACAGUUGAGACUCAGCCAGAUGUUUCUCUACCAAAACCUCUUACUAUUCCAAAUCAGAGCACGGAUGCUACUCCUGAAUCAUCUGGAGACACCAAUACUCAGACCCCACAAACUGACAUCAAAAGUCCAGAAACCUCUGUCACAGCUUCUCCACAGGUCCAGCAAAACACCCUGCCAACACCAGAGUCCUGUGGACAAGAACCUGAGACAAAGACAGAUAGUUCACACAUGGAAGAGCAGGUGGCAGGAAGCCCAGUUGAAGCUGCUAUGGAGACAAAGCUAACGGAAGGAGGGGUGGAGACAAAAACAAAGGAAAAAGAUCCUAUGACUGCAGUGAAGACACAAACGAAUGCCACCCCAGUCGAGGAUGCCUCCAGUACCUUGACUGAGGAGGACACAUCUGUCCCAACUGCAUCAACAGCUGCAGCGGCGAAAGAACAGCGACCGACAACGUCCACACCUUGUACAGCUGCAGUUACACCUCUGACUGUCGGGGAGAUGGUGGAAAAACACCUGCAUCAAAAAAGAAUACAUUGCCUCAAGAAAGAUACCUGCUUCUCACCAAAUUUUCUCUCACUUUCAAAGAAGCAGUUGUUCAUAACCAACCUGCCUAAAUAUUACGAUUGCUGCUACACGGAGGAGGACCUCGCCAAAGUACUCAUGCCUUAUGGAUUUCAAUAUAAAGAACCCAACAUCUAUAUUGUUCCUCAGACGCGCAUGGCCUUUAUCGCCAUGCCAUCAGCGGAGAAUGUGCAAAACAUUAUGAAAGCCACCAGAGGGAAGCCUUUCAUUUUCAAGCGAUGUGCAAUCCGUCUGUAUGUCGUGGACAGUGGCAUCACGACGACAAGGAUUGGAUUUUAUAAAUCAUUGAUGAAGCUGAUGAAUUCUCCUUCGUUUGAUGACGGAGCGAGAACAGUCUUCAUCAAGAACAUUUCACCAGUUGAGGCCCGGAAACUCAGAGAAGCUUUGAAAAAAAUGGAUUUUGUCAUAAACUACCUGCCUCUUCUCAACAAGGUAUUUGUAGAAUUUGAAUCCAUUCGUGAUGCAGAUCGGAUAGGAAUUUGGUACAGCCUCCUGAAACAACCUCCUGGCUAUGAAAUCCACAGGCUGAAAGUACCACACAGUGGCUGUACAUCACUACCGCCAAGACUUCCUGAGAAAGCUCUGCCGGACAGCAGCGAUGCUGUUUUGUCUAUCCCAUCAAUAAAAUUUGGCGUUCCACAGGGUAGCGUUUCACCAUUUUGGGUCCCUUUGACAACUUAUCCCUUCCUGUUCCCUACCAUGUCUCCCUGGUUCACCAUCCCGGAUUACCUGACAGUCAAAGAAAAGGAAGACAUUGAGAAGGCCAACCGUCAGGGUGACAUGUCCCCAACAAUCAUGUUGACCGGUUUGCCAGUAGACUGCUACACACAGGAGGACGUCGCCAAGCUGGUCUGGCCGUAUUUUACAAAACGGAACCUUCACUCCCUCUACUACAACGUGACAGUCCUAACACUACAGAGGAGGGCGUUUGUGUAUUUCGGGGAUUGGACUGCGUGCUGCGAUUUUGUCCAAGAUCACUUAAGAAAUCCUGUUUCUGUCAAAGGCCACAAACUCUGUGUCCACUUCCUCCUGCAGCACAUGUAUCCUGAAUCCACAGAGGAGACCAUGUACCAAACUCUGAUGAAAUUGAACAACGCUUGUGGUCCAGACCCAGAGUCUCUCGCGGAGCGGUUGCUGUGUGUGGAGAUCUCUGAGACGACAACUCUUGUUGUCAGAGCGGUCGUGGAAGUGGUGGCAUCGUGUGCAACUUUUCUCAGCUUCCUGCCACUUGCCAACAGGAUAUGCGUUGAGAUGGCUGACUCCGGUGGUGUAACGGAGGUGCUGAAUAAACACAACACGAUCUCACAGACACGUCCGAUUCGGCCCACAGUUUGGAGUAAAGUUCAGCGUUUUGAAUCUUUGAAGAGCCUAAAACAGCGUCUAGAAGAUUCCAGUGAGAUCACAAUAGACCUCAAAUUGGACAGCGACAGUGUCGAAGCCAAGUCACCAACUGUGACAUGUCAAACUCAACCUCCUCCUCCUGAACUUUUGAAUGAUGGGUCUCACCUUGCUCUGCAAACGAGUAGCCCUGCUCCUGCUAAACUAGAUGACCCUGCGGGAUCCACCAUUUCCACGUUGGUCACAGAAGGACCAAGCACUACCACCGUAAGUGACAUUGCAAUGAAGGAGGAUGAUAAGGAUCCAGGAACUGAGAUUGCCAUGGACUCUGCUGUUGGUCCCAAGUCAAAUGAAGAAGUAGAGAAAACAGAGGAAAAGAGGGGGGAGGAGGUGGGAUCACCGCCAACUUCAGUGACUACCGAUGAUGUGACCUCUACCUCUGCAAUCAGCAGUGAAAAGGCAGUCCCUGCUGCUUCCAGCCCCGCCCCCUCAGCCACAGAGGUCAUGCCUGAAGAAAACAUCGUAGGACUUCCUCAGAUUAGCGCAGAAAUGUUCAAGGCCCUUACAGCAGCAGUUCGGCAGCACAGACUCACACAAGGGAGUAGGUUCGAGAGCAAGGGGAAAGAGCAGAGUCCAAGCAAAAGCAUCACAAGCUCAAAGGAUGAAGACACAUCGGAAGGAAAGGAUCAAGAUGAUUUUACAGAUGAUAUCAUUUCUUCAGAUGCCUACCUGUUUGAUGAGCAAAAUUUCAACAUGGAUGACUUUGUCACUGUUGAUGAAGUUGGUGAUGACAUCGGAGACACAAGCCCUGAUCCACAAAUCUCAGCCGAGCCCGUCUCCACAUCCAAGCAGUCCUCCAGAGAAAAAAGUGAAAGACAAAUCUCUGAUGUGUCAUCUGCUGCCAAACAUACCUCAACAAGGUCCUCAAAAGACUCUAAGAGCUCAGCCUAUUCCUCAUCCUCUUCAUCCUACUCAUCCAGGUCGACUAGAGGCUCCUUGAAAAGCAGCCCAUCCUCUACCUUGCCCGUUGUGUCACCAAAUAAGUCAAAGGACUCAUCUGAGCCCACCAAAUCCCCUACCAAACCCUCAUCUUCUGCCAGUGUCAGUAAGGCCUCUGUCUCUUCCUCUUCUUCACUGUCUGCUGAAACCCUUUCCUCCCCUAGUCAGAAAACACAGAGCAAGGCAAAAUCUCCAGCCGCAGCAUCAAACGCUGCAUCCCCGAGUUGUAGGACCCGGUUGUCCUCGACUGCACAUGAAAGGGAAAAGAUAACAGCAGCAGUAACUGUCGAGGCAUCAAUAGAGCCAUUUAGAGAAUCCAAAGCUGGAGAGAGCGCAGUGGCAAAAUCUCACCACAAAGUGUCAGCAGAGGGAAUUCCUGUAAAAUCUGUUGAGUCAGAGAUAAAAAUAGAAACAUCAUCAGAGAUGCAUCCACCUCCACAGGGACAGGGGGUAGACUUGACAAGCCAAACCCAGAAAGGCUCACCUUUCAUGGGGAAGGAUCCCCAAAGUCUGGAGAUUGAUUUUAAUGAUGACACACUGAAAGACGUGAAGAAAAUCAAAGAGGGAGAGAAGGAAGGUUAUGUUGAAAAACAUACAGAAGAGGAAGAGGAGGAGGACGAAAACUACGAAAUCCUUGAUUCACUCGAUGACCAAACAGACGAACAGAUGGACGAUGGGGGCCAAGAUGGCAGCUCUGAAACCCAGCUAACUGGCCCCGAGGAAGGCCAGACUUUGCACGAGGAAAGCUAUCAGGUCUUAGAUAGUGUCAACGAUGAAGGGAAAGUCUGCCCAGAGGAGUACAGUGAAAUGGAAAUGGACGGUUCUUUCCAAGUGUUAGACAGCGUUACUGAAGACCAAGCAGCUAAAGGUCAAGAGGACAGUCACCUGGUUGAAGAUGAUGAUUCCACAGUAAAGCAGCUCUCUGAGGAAGAUGUGAUUCCAGUUGUCAACAAAUCGGAUGUUAAAUCUGCAGUUGAAAAUACAGCAGAUGAAGAGAAGGAGACAAAUGACAAUAGAAGUUUCCAAGUGUUGGACACAGAGAGCAAGCAACCUCUAAAAGGCAGGGGAGAUGGACAAAAGAGAAAACUGAAAGAGGAAGAGGUCAAAGACCAACUGCUUUCAGUGGAAAUCUCGAAAGUUUCCAAAGGUGUUGAAAGUCCUGAUGGCCAAAUCAUAAAUGAAGACCAUGACAACAAAGACACUUUAAAAGACCCUGACAGUGAUGUUACUGAGCAAGAAACCUUUGAGGUAUUGGAUUCAAUUGAUGAUCAAAUUGCAACAGAAGAUGACAGUCAAAAACUUAGCCCACAUGUGACCCAAAUGCCUGAAACUCCCAGUGACCAGAUAUCUAAAGAAGACAUAGAAGAAGAGGAAGAUGCAUAUCAGGUAAUUGAUUCUGUGGAAGAUCAGCCAAUGACUACUGAGAUGGAGUCAGAGACUGACAAGGACAGAAGAACCAGGAAAGGGGAGAUAACUGCUCGAAAAGACGAGAAACCAACAAGGAGUGGUCCCACAACCAGAACAUCCAAAAGUGAAGAGAAGGAGAAAUCACCAAAGAAACAUGAUAAGACAGUUAGAAAAUAUGAGACAAGAACAAGGAAGGACACCACUGCAGGAGUUUCUAAAAAAGACAAAGAGAUCAGCGAAGUCCCUGAGGAGACGGUGUAUGAGAUUGUAGAUUCUGUUGAAGAUGAACCGGUUCAAGAUGCUGCCAGCACAGAAAGGUCUGGUAGAAGAAGGAGUGCAAGAGGAAAGAAAGAGGAUAAACUGACACUGAAUCUCACAGAAAUGUCUGAAAAACCAGACGGGGAUGAGGAGGUAACAUACGAGAUUUUAGAUUCUGUGGAGGACGAGACUGGCAAAGACGAACCAACCAUCACAACAAGAUCUACCAGAGGAAAAAGGGAAAGAACAAUUAAGAAAGAGGACACACCAACAAGAAGGAGGCACACUCCUGCCAGAGAUUCACAGGAAAGAAACCAGGAAAGAACACCAACGAAGCAAGAGAGAGUACCUCCAAAAGAGAGCACACCAACAAAGAAGAGUGACACUGUCAUAAAAGAGGUAAGUGAGGAGGAGGCUACCUAUGAAAUUGUAGACUCUGUAGAGGAUGAGGUCAUUAAGGAUGAUCCACCCGCUACAGAAAGAAAAGGAAAAAGGGGAAGACCAAAGAAAGAGGUUAAAACGGCCAAAAAUGACAGUGCAGCAUCAAAGAAGGGUGACAAAGACUCCUCUGAAAAAGUGUCUGAAGAAGAGGCAACAUAUGAAAUUCUGGAUUCUGUGGAGGACGAGGCGGGUGACGAUCAGCCCCCCACAGAGCAGUCCAAGAGUGCGAAAAAGGAGACACUUGCAGAAAACAACAGCAAAUCUCCCAAAAAUGAGGACGAGGAGGAAGAACCUAUGUAUCAGAUAGUAGAUUCUUUGGAAGACGAUCAAGUUCAAGAGGAGCUGACGACCACAGAAGAACACAGAAGUAAGGCAGAAGAUGAAACUCACCCUAAAGAGGAGGCAAAAACUGCAAAAGAUGACAUAUCAACAUGUAGUACCACUGCAGCAGAUGAUUCUGAAAGGGUGGUUGUCAAGCAAGAGACUAUAUAUCAGAUAGUUGAUGAUUUAGAAAAGGCGAACAAUGAUCCAUCUGCUGCAGAGGGGGAAGCGAAGCAGGAAAGUUCACCUAAAAAAGACAAAUCACCAACAAAGUCCCAGAGAAACGGGGAAGGGAAGACCAAACAAAAAUCACCCAAGAAAUACGGCGCAACAGCUGCCGCCAGCGCUCUGGUGAACCUGGAUGAGGUAAGCGAGGAAGAAGAGGAUUACCCUGAUGACACAGCUGAGGAGGAAGAAGUGAGGAAAAGGCAAGCGGCCGCAAAAGAGAAGCAGCUCGCCAAACACCGCAAAGAGAGGAAGACCAGGGAGACGGAGGAGAGGGAGAGGGAGAGGGAGCGAAGGAGCCGGAGCAGCAGCAGAGGAGGAAGCACGAGGAGGACGAAGGAGAAAGGGAGGGAAAAGGAGGAGACUGUGGAGGUAGACGCCAAAGAGCUGGUAACUCUGGAUGAGGUGGGAGCAGAUGAAGCUGUAGAGGAAAGAGUACCGGAGAGCCAAGAGUGCGACGGAGAGAUCACAGAGGCAGAGCUGCAGGCGCUGGUCACUCUGGAUGAGAUCGUAGAGGAAGAGGAGGAGGGAAAGGCAGAGCAAAACACGCCGGCGUCCCUUCCAGCCAACCAGGGCGACGAAUCAGUGGACUCCUUAAACCCAGAGACUCUGGUGACUUUAGAUGAAGCAGGCGAUGAUGAGGAGGAGAAGGCAGACGAAGAGAAAGAUGAGGAAACAUCAAGAUCUGCUAAACGCAAACACGAUGACGACACAGAAGAGAAUAUGCACUUUGUGACAGUGGACGAGGUGGGAGAAGUUGAAGAGGAGGAAAAGGAAGCAGUAAUAACCAGGACACAAAGCAGAGCCAAGAAGAGAACCAGACAGACUCCUGUGAGAAAAUCUACCAGAGCGAAAAAAGAGAGCAGCGAGAAAGAGGAAGAAAACGAACCGGCUGGCACUGAUGCUCCGCCUCCCACUUCACUCGACGCCUCCUCGUCAUCAGACAAACAGUCCUCGACCGACAGCCAGGUGGAGAUUCAGAAGACAGACGUGGAAGAAGCGAGCCAAGCUGCAUCUGCUGGGCAGGAACUGCAACUGGAGCAUCCUGACAACCAGAACCUGGAAGCAGUCGUGAAUAAACGGAAGAGCGAGCUCAUCGGACCUGAAGCCAAGCGAUCUCGUUCUCAGUCUCCUUGCGUUGCCGCAGACUUCAAGCUGCCGCCAUUCAAACCGAACAACCCGCUCGGUCAGGAGUUUGUCGUCCCUAAAUCGGGGUAUUUCUGUAAUCUCUGCUCUGUUUUCUACCUGAAUGAGACCACAGCCAAGGAUCUCCACUGCAGCAGCCAGAAACACUACAACAACCUGCAGACACAUUACCAGAAGCUUCAACGGAAACCAUCAAGAAAUUCAACACAAAGCUCUCACGGCUCCAUUUCGGAUUAAUUUUGACUCAAACUACUGAUUUUUUUUUUUCCCUUUUUUUUUUUUUUUUUAUUUAAAAAUGUGAAGAUGAGCAAGUGAAACGUCUGCAGCUUGACGAACCACUAAGGACCGAUUGCUGUCUGGAGCCUUCUUUCAUGUAAAUGUUGUGAAUAUAUGAAUAUUUUAGCAUGGAUUGCCACAUUGGGAUUCGAACUUUAGAGUUUUUUGGUGCCUUGCUCUGCUUAUAAUUUCACAGUAACAUUGCAUCAGUUUUGUCUUGCAAAACCAAGAACAUAAGCAGUAUUUCAUAGAGUAUAAAAAAGGUUAUAGGUCAGUUUUUAAAGGUGCUACAUGUUACAGUUAGACACCGUAAAGGAGCAGAAUCUAAGCCUGUGAUCGAUGUGUUUCUUUGCUAUACGGCACAAAACAGGAAGAGGGCGCUGUUCCUCCACAUCGAACUGAGCUCCAGCCUUCAGUGUCUGUUGACGGCAGCACAAAGCUUGGGGGGAAAUUAUUUGUUCAUCCUCUUGAAGUAAAGAUGCCAGAAGAGGAAGCGAUGGUACUGACGGGAAAUGUGAUCCGUUGCACAAAGUAGAGAAACAGACUCUGACAAUCAGCUUCGCCCUGAUCUCAUUUACAUAAAGUAGUAUAAUCUGAUGUUAUACAACAUGUAGCAUCUUUAGAAAGAUUAACUGUUACUCCGGGACCCCUUUUAUUUUUUAAAGCUGUAUGAACACAAUUUAAUCUUGCACAUGAUGUAAAAAGGUCAUAAAUAAACUGUUAACUGCUCUAGUUUUAUUAGCUUUGCUAGUGCAAAUUUCCAUCACUGUCAGAUCAGGUGUCUUAACGAGCAUUAGCAGGGUUAAGAAUAAUGAGAAUUUUAUGAGAGUAAUAUAAUCUUGUCUGUCGAUGACAAUGUGAAGAGAGUUUCCUAUUGUUUCUGUCAAGUCAGUACAAAUCAUAGAUUAUGUUAUGUUUUUCUUUACUUUGAAAAUGUAUGUGAAAUGGCACCUUUCAUGCUACAAAAUCGGCUGUUUUUCAGUUUCUGCACAUGCAUUCAGACUAUGCCACUUUUACUGCUCUGCAAUUAUAAAGCAGCAGUGAGUCAGAACAAAUAUGUUUUUUUUUUAAAAGGAAAAAUGUGUGUGUGUGUGUGUUACAAAAACAGAAGCUAUUAUUUUGAGUUACUAAAGUCAUAAAUGGUAGCAGACAAAGAAAGGUCACUAUUUCGAUUGUCUUAUUACUCACAUUUCUCUUACUAAGGGGCGUCGUUGGGUGCUGUUUCCUUAAACGAGGGUCCAAUAUGUUGACUUAUUUCUGUUGUGCACUUUGUUUUGUUCUGUUUCUAUAAAAUGUUAAUUAAAACUUGAGUAAGUUACAGGAUUUCUGAUCAUGGUUCAUUCUACAGUCUGAUAAAUACAUUUUAACAAGUUUACAAUUCA